GAUCAACGCUUUCCCAUAUGCCAGUGCGUUGUCGGGCAGUAUCGGAAUGCCACGCUUGUCAAAACAUGCCUUGAACAUGUCUCGAACAUCUGUGCAUAACGACACGAGAUUCACGUCUGGCAGCUCCGACAUUGUAGGUAUCAGUUUGAUCACCGACCUAACAACAUCAGGGUUUCUUGAAGUCUGCAAGAUCCACGUCAUGGCGGAUUUGAGAGGAUCUUCAUCUCGAUGCUGGAAACCCGCACGUGCACGAAAAUGACCAAAGACAGCUCGGAUGAGUAAGGACAUGGGCGUCUGGAAUGGACAGUCGGGAUGUAUCAAUGUCACCACAAUGAAGAAGGCAUGACAAAGGCCACCAAAAGUGGUUAUUGCAAUAACAGGGAUGGAGGUGGGUCGUUGUUGCGUCCACAGCAUGGCUCCCAAGGACAGAGCAAAUAGAAGCAGGGAGAUCUGUAGGAAAACUGGUAAUGACCGC